GGGGGCCGUGAGGCGGCGCCCCCGGCCCUCGCCCGCUCCCCGCCCCGGCCCGCCCUCACGUGACGCCGCCGGUUGCAAUUUUAGACCGUCAGCUGACUCCAGAAUCCGUGGAGAGGGGCCGCUCUCCCUACAAAAACAGGGACGAGAACCCAGAGCGGCGUCGCGGCCUCUCAGCGCCUGCACCUCCAGCCUCUGACCGCUCGCCRCCGCCGCCACCAGCGCCAUCGCCGCCAUGGGUCCCCGCGGCCUCCUGCUGCUGCUCGCCCUGGCCGGGUCCUGCGCCGCCCUUAUCAGGAUCCCCCUGACCAAGUUCCCCUCCAUGCGGCAGAUCCUGACCGAGGCGGGCAGUGAGAUCCCAGAUACGAACUCUAUCACCCAGGCCCUCAAAUACAAGCUGGGCUUUGCCGAGGACGGUGAGCCCACUCCAGAGAUUUUGAAGAAUUACAUGGAUGCCCAGUAUUACGGUGUGAUCGGCAUUGGAACACCCCCCCAGAAUUUCACUGUGAUCUUUGACACUGGCUCCUCCAACCUCUGGGUGCCAUCCGUGCGCUGUUCCAUGUUGGACAUCGCUUGCAUGCUGCACCACAAGUACGACUCCGGUAAAUCCAGCACCUAUGUGAAGAACGGCACUAAGUUUGCCAUCCGGUAUGGGACAGGGAGCUUGUCUGGAUUCCUCAGUUCAGACACAGUCACGCUUGGUGACUUGAAAAUCCAGCAUCAGGUCUUUGGGGAGGCCACGAAGCAGCCAGGCACGACAUUCAUCGCUGCCAAGUUUGAUGGCAUCCUGGGCCUGGCAUACAAAAGGAUCUCUGUGCAGGACGUCACACCUUUCUUCGAUAACGUCAUGGACCAGAAGCUGAUCCCAGAAAAUGUGUUCUCUUUCUAUCUAAACAGAGACCCCUCUGGUGAGCCUGGUGGUGAGCUGGUCCUGGGAGGGACCGACCCCAAGUAUUACAAGGGCGAGUUCAGCUGGAUGAAUGUCACACGCAAGGCCUAUUGGCAGAUCCACAUGGAUGGGGUGAAYGUUGCCAACGGGGUGAGCGUGUGUGAGGGGGGCUGCGAGGCCAUYGUGGACACAGGAACCUCACUCAUCACUGGCCCCACCAAAGAAGUGAAGAAGAUACAGGCAGCCAUUGGUGCAAAACCUCUCAUGAAAGGCGAGUACAUGGUCCCCUGUGAGAAAGUGCCAACACUGCCUAACGUCACGAUGGUACUAGGAGGGAAGAGCUACGAGCUCACAGGAGAGCAGUAUAUCCUCAAGAUUGGCGCUGCAGGACAGGUGAUAUGCAUGAGUGGCUUUUCAGGCCUGGACAUCCCACCCCCUGGGGGCCCGCUCUGGAUCCUGGGAGAUGUCUUCAUUGGACCCUACUACUCCGUCUUUGACCGUGAUAACAACCGUGUUGGUUUUGCCCAAAGUGCCUAAACACCUAACCCCACUGUCUCUGCCAGACACACACACCUACACACACACACACACACACACACACACACACGGGAGCUGUAGAGAAAGGUUACCAGUAUUAGAAACCCAGUGAGCGGAAAGGAGAAAAAAAAACAGAAAAAGAAAUGGAACUAGAUUUAAAAUUACAUGGAAAAUAGUCAUUAGUGCCCUACUAGCUACUUUUUCCACUCUGUUGAGUAAGUGGUGCUGGGAGGUCUCUAGCUGACAACUCCAGCUGGAGUAGUCYGUUGCUUUACUGCUAGGUCUUCCAAUAGUUCUUUUUCAGAAUAAUUCUCAGAGCUGAACAGGRCCCUCUCACAUCUCCCAGCACUGGUGUCCUUCCUGGCCACGGUGCAGCUGCCUAAAGCCAGCCCCUGGCACCUCUGUUCCUGCAGAGGUUAUGCUACUGCUCUUGAGUUUGGGCUUCUGUGCUGGGGGAGAGAGACAAGGGAAGGCUGUCUUGCACAUUAGUUCUUGCUUUUUCACUCAUGAAGUCAGAGAGUGGAUGGUGGGGGAGAAUCUGUCUUUAUGACCCCUUCUUGGUAGGUUGAGG